CAUUCCGGAUGCGGCUCUUUGCUCCAGCGAGAAGGUUCCUGGGCCAUCAAAACAAAAACAGCACUCAGGCACGGGCAGUAGCUGUUGUCAUUGAGAGCUACUGCCUUCUGCCGUGUCACCAUGCUACUGAAAACAUGUUGCAUUUACAGCAUCGGAGUUUUUUCUAAUCUUAUUUUGAUCUCGGGCAUUGCUCUGGUCUUGUCUGACGUGUUUCCGCGUCUCCUAAAGUCGGUGGUUGAAAAGGAAAUAGUUUUGAAGAAUGGUACUGAGGCGUUUAAGGCCUGGGAGAAUCCACCAGCCCCCAUUUACAUGCAGUUUUACUUCUUUAAUGUGACCAACCCCCUGGAGGUGCUGGAAGGGGAGAGGCCUGCUGUGAUAGAGAUUGGUCCAUAUACUUACAGAGAGUACCGGCCCAUGGAGCAAGUGGACUUUCAGGAGAAUGGCACUAAAGUCGCCGCUGUCAACAUUAAGACCUACAUAUUUCAGAGGAACAUGUCCCGAGGUCCUGAGAGUGAACUCAUCAGGACGGUCAACAUUCCUGCAAUGACGGUGAUGGAGCAAUUCAAGGACCACUCAAUGAUAGCCAAACUGAUCUCCGCCUACAUGAAGUCCAGCGGAGACGGCUUGUUCACCACGCGCACAGCGGGAGAGCUGCUGUGGGGAUACAAAGACGGCCUGCUCACAGCUCUCAAGAAGUUCAAGCCUGAUCUCGAUGAUGUUUUCGGACUCUUCUACAAGAGCAACGCUUCCAGCGAUGGUGACUAUGUCUUCUUCACUGGUCAGCAAAACCACGAGGACUUUGCCAGAGUGGAUACGUGGAACGGUGACAGCAAGAUGAGUUGGUGGACGUCUGAUGAGUGCAAUAUGAUCAACGGAACCAACGGAGCAUCUUUCCAUCCAGUGAUCUCAAAGAAUGAGACUCUCUACAUGUUCUCCUCUGACCUGUGCAGGUCUCUGUACGUUCUGUAUGAGGAGGAAGUGACGGUAAAGGGGAUCCCUGGGUAUCGCUUCAUUCCCCCCAGCAAGGUCUUUGCCAAUAAGACCCUGAACCCGGCCAACGCGGGCUUCUGUGUCCCCGCUGAAAAUUGCCUGGGCUCUGGCGUGCUGAAUGUCAGCCCGUGUAAACAAGGAGCUCCUAUCAUAAUGUCCUCGCCACACUUCUACCAGGCAGAUGAGAAAUAUGUCCAGGGUGUAUUCGGCAUGAGGCCUCAGAAGGAGCAGCAUCAGACGAUGAUUGAUAUCAAUCCGCUCACGGGGAUCAUCGUCCGAGCAGCAAAGCGGUUCCAGGUCAACGUGAAUGUUGAGAAAAUCCCCGUCUUCGAACAAACAGGGAAUGUGAGGACAGUGAUCUUUCCUGUGGUUUAUCUCAAUGAGAGCGUCGUCAUUGAUGACUCGUCGGCCGGGAAGCUGCAGAAGAUUCUUGCCCAGCGGGACGUUGUGGUGAACAUCCCCUUCAUGCUGAUUGGUCUCGGCAUCAUUCUGGGAGGAGUCUUCAUGUUCCUGAUGUGUCGACAGAAGGUCUCCGUGAGCACUGCCACUGAACGGCAGCCCCUGCUCUCGUCAUAGCACCAAAUAGAAAGAAAGACGGAGGAUAUUUACAGGAGAAUCGCACAUUUCAUGGGUUCUAUGGAUCACCCCCAAGAAAUAGUUUCCAUUAUAAACCACAAGCCCACAUUUUAAUCCAUUUUUUUAAUCCAACGGUUUUAGAAAACACAGUGAAAAGGUUUGUUACAGGGAUGAGGUCAAUGUCUUCCUGUUUUAAUGAUCAUGAAAAUAACCCCCUAUUUAAAAACUAAAUCUUAAAUAUCAAAUAUUGUAAUUUUUGUAUUAAGUUGACUACCAAAUCAGACUUACAUGAAUUCAAGUUCACGUGUCAUUGAUUUAAAUUGCUUGCUUGUGUCUAUAUGUUUAUGUGUGUGUGUGUGUGUGUGUGUGUGUGUCUGUGUGUAUGUCUGUGUGUGUGUCCAUAUGAUGAAUGGCUAUAGAGCUGAAAUAGGUAUGAAGGAAUACUUUCGGCGUGUUUUUUUUGUUUUUAGCACGGUUUGUUGAGAUUGUUGACGCAACAAUAAGAAAAAAGCUGUUUCAUUCAGGAGAAAGAUCAACAUUUCACAUAUUUGUAUUGUCUCAAAACAUAAGCAAUGUGUAAGCUGUGCAAAACCACGGCAUAAUGUUUUAUUACUGAUCGUGAAUCCGUACUGACUAGGUUGCUAACUGCAGUGGAAAUCCAGUAAUCCGCAAUAUAUAAAUAGUGUAAUGUGGACUCACAUGCAAAAGUAUUAAACAAUAUCAGUAUAAGGGACACAUUUUUGUUUGGUGCACAGUACGAUGUCUUCUACUGAUAUUAUCCUAAAAGCCAUGUAUGAACAGUCUCAUGUUACUGAAACUUCUGAUAAAUGUGUUGAGGAAUAGAAAUGUGUGUUAUUCCUUAUAACCACUAGGAAUUGUUCAUGAUGUGUAUGGUUGAAUGCUGCAAUUUUUAACAGCUGUGUAUCUGUUUAUUGUAAUUUUAUUUAAAUGUUUUUUGAAUUUAGUACAACUGAUUAGCUUCAAAUGAAAUAGAUGUUUUCUCGAGAAAUAGAUUGUUUUGUAAUAUCCGAUUUGAAAAAACAUUAUUUCACACACUAGCCUACUGACAGAUCGCUUUGUUAAAAUGCAACAGAAAUGAUUGUUUACACUACUAAUCCGACAUAGUAAAAUCAAUAUGUAUUCACUGUUUACGUACUCUCAAUUGGUCACAUACAAAACAUUUCACAUUGUCUUGUCACUUGCUCCAACUUUAAUAAACAGACUGUGCUUCACGUUC